AAUUCUUUAGACGGCGGAAAAGCUUCCGAGACUUUUACUCUUAUUACAUAACGAGGAUAAUACUAACAUGGAAGAGUUUUCGUCUCUCCAAAAUCUCCAGGCGCUCUCCGACUUGCUCUCAGUACCCGCUGAUGAAGAAAGCGACUCAGAAGAUUACAAGAAUGCAAAUCCAAAGGCAGAAAUGGGUCCUGGGCACAUUGGUGCUCAUUCAUCUGAUUCUAGGCAAGACAAGAAUUCAGUCAGUAGUACCUAUGUAAAAAACACCAAAGACAUCUGGGAUGUGGAGGAGGUGACUGAAGGAACACAUUUUAAUGACCUUGCAGAUCUACGUCCAGAGCCUGAGUAUGAGAUUAUCCUGAAGCAAAGUGUGGCUGCAGAGGACUUGUUUCUGGGCAUGAGCCGAAAGGAUCCAUCUUCCAUGUGCUGUGAAAGCAUGCUGGUGAGGGUGAAGCUACCAGAAACCCAUGUUUCUGAGCUUAUGCUGGAUGUUAAGGAGAGAUUUGUUGAUCUAAGAACACCAAAAUACAAGUUAGGCCUUCAUCUACCCCACUCAGUGCACAAUAGGGAAGGCAAAGCCCGAUUCAUUACAGAGAGAAAUGAACUGGAAAUCACACUUCCUAUGAAUAGACCACUGGACUCCAUCAACCUCCCCUGAAAAGAAGAAAUGUAGGAAUCAUGGGCUGCAAUUAAAGAAAAAGUACUGGAAAAGUAAACUUUCACAAACAAAAACAUUCAGCUAUACACCAAUUAGGUAUAACAUUAUGACCACCUACCUAGUAUUAGGUUACUCCCAAGAUCGGGCACCAAGAUGUAAGCAGCAGAUUCUUCAAGUCUUGUAUGUUGUGAGUGGGGCCUCCAUGGAUAGGACUUGUUUGUCCAGCACAUCCCACAGAUGCUCAAUUGGAUGGAGAUCUGAGGAAUUUGGAGGCCAAGUCAACACCCCAAACCAUUCCUGAACCAUUUUUGCUUUGUGGCAGGGCACAUGAUCCUGCUAAAAGAGGCCACAACCAGCAAGGAAUACUGUUUCCAUGAAAGGGUGUACAGGGUUUGCAGCAAUGCUUACGUAGGUGGUACGUUCAAAGUAACACCCACAUGGAUGAACAUUGCCCAAAGCAUCCCUCUGCCUCCACCAGCUUGCCUUAUUCCCAUUGUGCAAUCUAGUGCCAUGUUAUACCCAAGUAAGCGAUGCACCUGACCAUCCACGUGAUGUAAUAACGUGAUUCAUCAGACCAGACCACCUAUUUGCUUAUUGUUGGCACUUUCAGCGAUUGACUGAAUUCAUCAUGGGCACCCAUCUGAAGAGAUAAUCAUUGUUUUUUACUUCACCUGUCAGUGGUGAUAAUGUUAUGCCUGAUCUGUGUAUGAUGUAUUUUGAUCCACAAUAAUUUUUUUUAAACAUUGUUUGUUUAAAUAUAGUAAAUUUUUAUUUUUAUUUGAAUUUGCAAUCAGCAAACCAUAAAUUUGUCCAUUAUAUAAGUUUUUUUCUGAAGUAAUUUUUCUUCUGGGAUGAACUUGUUAGUACACUGCUACUCAGUGUGAUUACUCUCUGACAACACCACUUUUUAUUAAACAGCUUGUAAAAAUGAUUGUCUUCGGUUUCGGUAGCUUGAGCAACUGACCAACAAUAAACCAAAAAAAUCUA